AUGCGUGGCCUGGGUCGGCUAGGGGCGGUGAGCUCGCGGUUGCCUGGAGACCGGGCGGAAGGGACCCGAAGCUGCGCUGCUGUUGGCUGUGGCCGGAUGGAGAAGCUGGGGGCGGAGUUCGAAGAGGAAGGAAGCCGCGACAAGGAAAUGGACCCGGUCUGGAGCAUGGAGCCGCCGGACGCUGAGGCGGUAGACGGCUCGCAGGGUGCGAUGAAGCCUGAAGAGCCCGAUGGCUUUCCUGGGUGUAAAGGGGCGGGGCGGGCCAGGCGGCGGCUGUUGCGGCGGGACCGCCCCCUCACCGCUCGGCUGCCUAUGUAUUUCCCGCCUCGUUGCCCUUGGGUGUCUGGUGUUUCGCGACUGCGACAUCCGAGAGGGAUGGCUUCGCUUGUUGGGUGUAGACUGGUGCCCGUCAACCUGUUGGUAGAGGCAGUUCUUGAUGAAGCGGGUCAUGGAAGUCCUUCAUCCCGAGUCAUAGUCCAUGUGGAUUUGGAUUGCUUUUAUGCACAAGUGGAAAUGAUCUCAAAUCCAGAACUUAAGGGCAAACCUUUAGGCGUUCAGCAGAAAUAUUUGGUGGUUACCUGCAACUAUGAAGCCAGAAAACUCGGAGUUCAAAAACUUAUGAAUGUCAGAGAUGCAAAAGAAAAGUGUCCACAGCUGGUAUUAGUUAAUGGAGAAGACUUAACCCGUUACAGAGAGAUGUCGUAUAAGGUUACAGAGCUAUUGGAAGAAUUUAGUCCAGUUGUUGAAAGACUUGGAUUUGAUGAAAAUUUUGUGGAUAUAACAGAAAUGGUUGAGAAGAGACUACAGCAGCUUCAAAGUGAUGAACGUUGUGCAGUGACUGUAUCGGGUCAUGUGUACAAGGAUCAGUCUAUAAACCUGUAUGACAUCUUGCAUGUCAGGCUGCUUAUUGGCUCUCAGAUUGCAGCAGAGAUGCGGGAAGCCAUGUGUAAUCAAUUGGGUCUCACUGGCUGUGCUGGAGUGGCUUCUAAUAAACUGUUGGCAAAAUUAGUUUCUGGCACCUUUAAACCAAAUCAGCAAACAGUCUUACUACCUGAAAGUUGUCAAGAUCUCAUUGAUAGUUUGAACCACGUAAAAGAAAUGCCUGGUAUUGGCUAUAAAACUACCAAACGUCUUGAAGCUCUGGGUAUUAGUAGUGUUCAUGAUCUUCAAACCUUUUCAUCCAAAAUACUAGAAAAGGAAUUAGGAAUUUCUGUUGCUCAGCGUAUCCAGAAGCUCAGUUUUGGAGAGGAUGACUCUCCUGUGACACCCUCAGGACCACCUCAGUCCUUUAGUGAAGAAGAUUCAUUUAAAAAGUGUUCAUCAGAAGUUGAAGCUAAAAAAAAGAUUGCAGAACUACUUGCUAGUCUUUUGAACAGAAUAUACCAAGAUGGAAGGAAGCCACAUACAGUAAGAUUAAUAAUCCGUCGGUAUUCAUCUGAGAAGCACUAUAGUCGUGAAAGUCGUCAAUGCCCUAUUCCACCCCAUGUAAUUCAGAAGUUAAGGACAGGGAACUAUGAUGUGAUACCUCCAAUGGUUGAUAUACUUAUGAAACUUUUUCGAAAUAUGGUGAAUGUGAAGAUGCCAUUUCACCUUACCCUUCUAAGUGUGUGUUUCUGCAAUCUUAAAUCAUUGCAAACUGCUAAGAAAGGAACUAUUGACUAUUAUUUAACAUCAACAUUAUCAACAACUUCACACUCUGGCAAACACAGUUUCACAACGAAAGACACUCAUGCAGAAGAUUUUUCAGAAGACAAAGAAAUAAACCAGAAUUUUCCACCAAGUGGAAAAAUCAAAAGUGCAAGAACUGGGGAGUCUCCACUUGAUACUCCAAAUUUUUCUAAAGAAAAAGCUAUUAAUGAACUCCCACUCCAUUCACUUCCUGAGAGGAUCGACCAAGAAGUUUUUAAGCAACUUCCAGUAGAUAUUCAAGAAGAAAUACUUUCUGGAAAAUCUAGAGAAAAUUUUCAAGGGAAAGGAAGUUUGAGUUGUCUGUUACAUGCUUCUAGCAGAUUAUCUUUCUUUUCUAGAAAACAAAUGCAAGAUACUCACUCAGAUCCUAGAGAUCAUUCAUGCAGUAGCAAACAGGUAUCCUCUGUCUCUCCCUGUGAACCAGGAACAUCAGGCUUAAGUUGCAGUAGUUCCUCUUAUCUGUCUAGCCAAAAGAAUCAUGAAGAUGAACAAAUGAGACAAGGACCUAAAGAUUCUCAAGGUUUCCACUUUUCAAAUAUGAACCCUGUUGUAUCUGUUGUCCAUUCAUUUCCAAAUUUGCAAAGUGAGCAACUUUUUUCCAAAGACCAUAUUACAGGUAGCCAUAAGCAGCCUGUAGCAAAAGUCUCUCAAGAAGGAUGUAUCGAAAAUAGGCAGCAAAGUUCUGCUGAGGAGAAAAUUACUUUUCCUUCUGAUGUUGAUCCUGAAGUUUUCUAUGAACUACCAGAAGAAGUACAAAAAGAGCUGUUGGCUGAGUGGAAGGGAACAGGAUUAUAUUUCCAGCUUGCACAUAAAUAGCUAUGUCCAGAAAAAGAAAGAUCUAAAAGGCAAGGGAAGUGCCAUUGUUCUUAGAUUAGCAACUUGUUAUCCUCUUGUAAAUUAAACAUUAAUAGAUACUCGUAAUGUAGAAAUCUAGUGUACAGUGUUUCAGAUAAGGCAAGAAUUGUCACAGGAAGUAAAUUCCUACACAAAGCAUAAAAAUAUUCAUAACAGAUCAUGUAAAAUAUUAAUCUUAUUUCUAAAGCUAUUUUAUACUGUUUUUCAAUAAACAUAUCAUG